AUGAAAUUCGGAAAGAUUUUCGUCAUUCUGUCGGCUGCAUACACCCUGGGAGUAUGCUCAUCAUACCCGCCAGUCAACCUCAAUCUCGAUGAUGCAAAAGCUGAACAUGUUCAACAACGCGAUGAAGCCUCUCUGAUCAAAAUCAACUCUUCUUCAGCAGAAACUCCAGUCAUUCACCAAGUCAACUCAUUAAGAUCCAGAACUGAAUUAGCUAUCGCCGUUCUUCGAAGAGCCUCUGCCACAACUAUGGUUGGGUUUGGCUUCUAUUCCAUACUAUCGGAUUGUCGAGGUCUCCCGGGGAAAGAAAACCGCACCACGGAUGACAUAGCUAAGUGCGGUAUGGGCGCGCUGGCUACCGUGAUUACAGUUGCCACAGAGAUCCGGGCAGAUUACGCUGUGUUUUAUGAGGUGUUGAAGACCACGACCAAUACCGUUAUCGACUACACCGUGAACGCGGCGCUGAAUAAGUUCGUUGGGGGUGGUGUCAGCAUUACGGGUCCAUUUCCAAGAGCACCACAUGCGGGUCUGCCGAAUCGAGAUGUCGACUCUAAAUACAAACGGGUAGAGGACCAUUUCACUUCGGUUUUGGGUGUCAACGUUAGCCAUAUUGGCCACUGGGACGGCUCAAUGCAUGAAGAUGCACAUAUCAAGGCCAUGAAGCGUGAGCAAAACCAAGAGGGCACCAUACCGGUAUUCGGACUCAAUUACAUGGGCGAAGACAUGCAUUUCGCUUAUGGGGGACAGAAUGUCGAUGGUAAAGACAUUUUCAAAAUCGGUACAGGUCUUGGGCCGGCGACAGAAGAAAACAAACGACGUCUCAACAAUCGGAGUAUUUUUCAGUAUGGUAUUCCUGCUUUUGGCAACAUGUAUUUCGAGAAUGGCGGUAUUGAUCUUCUUGCGACUCCUACCGCAGACACUAGUGGAAACCCCAACAUCUUUCCAACCAAGCCUCUCGAUAGGGAAAACAACUACGAGUGGAUCUAUACCCAACUCGAAUGUAUCUUCGAGGCCCAGUUUCUGAUGCCAUUGGAUCCUCUCCCUCGCAAUUUUGAUGCCAUUGGUUUGUGGUACCAGAUGUAUGAUCUCGAAGAACAGGAGACACUUUCCGGAGGUACAAUUGCUUUCUUCGGCUCAACUACACCGUCGAUUAUUGAGGACAUGCAACCCGUUGGUGAUAUUGCAGUUAAUACUUUCUGUUCUAGAUGA